UGUAACGGGACAAAAGUGAUACGAGGUUUUGAGAAAACGUGUUAGCGGGUUUAGUAAGCAGUGGUUCAAGUUGGUUUGAAGAUCUACUGUUGAAGUUUAAUGAUGAGGAUGAGUUUGAUCUGUUUGUAGACUGAUGACAGUUGACAGCACCGCGCAUCGAGGGCCAUCAAGUGCCGUGGAUCUCACAGCAACUGAUGGGAUGGAUGGCGAGACGCGCAACAGAAGGAGAUCUUCAAAACACAAAGCCCCUCCUCCUCCUGUCCUGAAAGGUCUGGAUGCUCCAGUGUUGAGCUCCCACAAGCUCCCAGCGUACCCUCAUCCCAGCAUGGACCAGAAGGAGAAUUCAAUGGAGCGGGACCUGACGUUAACCGUGGUCCUGCCAGGAGGGGUGGAAAAAAACACUGUAGUCAAUGGCAGUAAACCCAUGAUGGACCUGCUGGUUACGCUUUGUGCAAAGUACCACCUGAAUCCCUCAGGCCACACCAUUGAGCUCAUCACCACCAACAGAAACCACGUCAAGUUCAAACCCAACGCUCUGAUCGGAUCUCUCGAGGCUGAGAAGAUCUUACUGAAACCGAAAGGCCUGGAGGACAAAAGCAAAAAGACAGGACCACAGAUGCCAGAGGCAACUGUACGAUUAGUGAUAGACUACAAGAGGACACAGAAGACGAUUCUCAGGGUGAGUCCUCGGGUUCCUUUGCGAGAACUUCUUCCUGCUAUCUGUGAGAAAUGCGAGUUCGACCCGCAGAGCACGGUUUUAUUACGAAACGUCCACUCUGAAGACACGUUGGACCUGAACUGUUCACUUAAUGACUUUGGCCUGAGAGAAGUCUACGCAAGAGAUACCAGAGUUUUUAUCCCGGUGAGUCCUGUGAGUCUUCCACCUUCUCCGACUCGCUCGGACACGAUACGUCGUAGAAAAGACAAGGAAAAUAAGGGACUGUUCGGCUUGUUUAGAAAAGGAAGUCGAAAGCAUUCAGAACAGUCUGUGACCGUGAGCGCACCGGCAUCUCCGAUACAAAGGAGACAGCGUCCGAUGAGCCUGAGUUCCUUCAGCACUCAUUCGCAGAUGUACGAUUCGAACACCAUGCCCUCUGAAAUGCCAAAGAAGAGACGAGCCCCGCUGCCACCCAACAUGAUGUCACAGAGUACGCCUGCUGACCUCAGCCAUCAUCAGGAAAACAAUGAAACUGCACGAACCGCAGAGGAUAGCGACCAGAUGAUGUCCCCUUCGAGUCAGGGACCCUCGAACGAAUCGCGUCUCAGGAGGGCGUCCACCAAACGAAAGGCUCCUCCGCCUCCCACCCUGACCGCCGUAGCUCCUCCUGAUGAAGCUGCACAGGACCGAAGCGUGACAGAGCUGGUUUUGGCGUCUCCUCUGGAGGAGAUCCGGGAACAGGAGGAGGUAUUUGUACCCAGAGAAGAUCAUGUGAGUCCUGGAGAGCUGGAGGACGACAGCAGUCUGAAUCUGUCUGCUGAUAUCUCACUCGAUUCGGCUACUCAAAAUUCUGAGAUGGAAAGUGUGUCUCCACAUGGGACGUCCCGAGACGAUCCAUCACAUGACCUCUCCGCUGACCCUGGAGUAUCUGACAUUGCAGUGAAUGGAGUUCAGUCAGAUCAGGUCAUGAGCCAGCACAUCCCAUCACAGAUGGAUCCCCUGGAGGAGAGGAUCGAAAAAGCAACCCAGUCUUCUGAAAGCAGUCCGGUUCCAGAGGUUUCGGUGAGCGCUGCAUCUCCCCUCAACACAACUCAGAUGUCUGACUGCGGAGUCCAAACAUCGCUCUCACACACAGACUCCGAUUCGGUUGCACCGCAAACUGUUCCCAAAUCUUCCCCCGAGCCUGGACGCUCGUCUUUCCCUGGAUACCAGACUCAAACCCGAGUCGGUUUAACCAAUGCUGCAAUUCAAACCCAGACAGAUUCCACAACUAUCUUUACUGAUUCACCAUCUGGAUUUUGCACUGAACUCCCCGCAGGUCUGCCCGCAUCCUCACCUGAGUUAAAGAGAGACAUGUCCACUUCUACAGAAGAGCUUCAUGUUCCUGAACACAAAACCACCACAAUCCAAUCCAGAAUGGGACCAGCAUCCCCACCAACAGCCACUAAAGCAGACAAUGUGCAGUAUAAAGUGGAUGCCGAGCCCAAACCCAAAUCAUCCAAUGAGCUGACUCGUGAAUACAUCCCCAAAGUGGGCAUGACAACUUACACCAUCGUGCCACAGAAGUCUCUAGAAAAGCUGCGUUAUUUUGAGGUGGAACUGACUUUGGAACGACCCGCAGAUGCCAGCAAGGAAAAUCCGGACGGCAAAACCUUCUCACCUCCACCCGGCCACCUUCCACAGUUGACCAACGGCACGUCUGCUUUUAAUGGCCACCAGAGAUUCUCCAGAAAAUCCACAGAGCUCACGCGGAUCGUUUCUCUUGCUUCACCUCGAGAUGAUGUCUUCUCGCCCUCGUCUCCAUCAGCGGUCGAACUCGACGUCAAAGAGAAAAAAGUUCCGCCCACGAUAAAACCCAAACCGGCAUCUUUCCGUCUGCCGCAGCACAAACGAACACCCGGGGAUUACGUGGCUUCGGCGGCCGUCCGCAGAGCGAGCUUCGGGAGCUCCAGUAGCGGCGGCAGUUCGUGUAGCAGCCCUGUAGCGAGGUCGAAGGAAGCUUCCAGCAGGCCACAGUCCGAUAUCUUCCCACCUCCGCCGCCGCUGGAGAAUUGGGAAGGAGAGAAGGAUGCAGAGGUACAUGGAUCUAAAACCGAACACGCUGCCAAAGAUGCAGAGGUUCCAAGAUUUCCACCAGCUUCAUGUCUGACCCGUCAGAAGAGUCUUCCUGCGAAGCCCUCGAUGAGCCUGGAGAAGUUAAGAAGCUUCGCUGCUCCCAAACCGUACUCGCCAUCAACGCCUUCCCGCUUCGCUCAGGCCGUGCUGUCCGCCGUCAAAAGGUCGCAAUCUCUUCACCAGCGACCUCCGGGGCACGCAAGCUCCAUUAUUGAGUCUCCUGAGCUGCCCGAAAACACAGUGACAGACAAUGGAGAAGCGAGCGCAGAGAGAUACAGAGAGGCCCCAUCACAAAGAGCAGACCAUGGUGAGCCAACGCUGAGCUCAGCCCAAAAUACAGACAUGGGAACAUAUACGUUUGGAAAUACUCAACCACCACCCGGCUCUUGUGGAUCUUUAGCAUCAUCUUCUACACUGAAGGGAAUAUUAGAAACAUCCUUGGAUGAAUGAGGAAUUCUGACCAUCCUUAAUUCACAGUGUUUUCAUUGACAGACAUCAAGCUCCUCUCAAUCCAAAAUAUUCCUCAAACCACUUGAUUUUUUUUUGUUUUGUUUCUCACUACAGCACAAGUCCAGAUUUGGUUAAAACAAUGUAAAGGUUUUUCACUUUUUUCCUAUGCAUUGUGCUGAUGGCAAGAUACCUACAUGCCUUAAAGAAACGUUUGCCCAAGAAUGUAAAUUCUGUCAUUAUUUUUCAAACUCAUUUAUAGAAAAAUCUAUAUAAAAGUUAAAGUUUUUCUUUUGAGCUCAGUAUAGCAAACACGACUAAAUACUUUGAUACUUCUGUUUUGAAUUUUUUUGUCAAAUACAGUCAAGAUUUCCCUUUUACCACUACUAAAGUAAUGGCAAACAGGCUUUGAACAAUAUGAGGAUGUGUAAAUAACAACAUAAUUUACAUUUUGGGUUAAACAAAUGGUUCCUGAUGGAUCAUGUAGCAUUAGAGAUUGGAGUGAGCAGCAGAUACAAGGAAAAGACAAAUCUACAAAUGUGUAUUUCUACAGAUGAACUAUCAGAGAUUAAAGAUUUGAAGUUUUCCUUUCUGUUACCCUGAAUUCAAACGAGAGAAAUCGUAUUAAUAUUAUUUUAUUUUAAAGCCUACCUGUUUAAAUAUUUUGGGGUUGCUUUGAGAUCACAAAAGACAUGAUGAACUUUGUAAAUGCACAGAUAAAAAAUGUGCUUUGCUCUUUUGUGAAGCCUUUAUUUUGUUUAAAUUAUUAGCUGAUAUGAUAUAAUUGCUAGCUUAUGAAAAGUGGUACAGAAAUAUUUCAUAAUUAUACAAUGUAUCUCUUGUCAAGUAUCAGCAUGUAAUAUAGUCAUUAAUGGUGGGCUGCACUUUUAAUAUGUUAAAAAAUAAUGACAUAUCAUUGACCAGGUUUUUAAGGUCCACAACAAGAAACGUUUCGGCAAGACAGAAGACACUGGGCUUGUUUUGAGGAGAAAACUGCUGUGAUAUCUGAAAUAAACUCUCCUCAGAUCUGUAUUAAAAAAAAUAACAGAUA